UUUACCACAAAAACAGUCCUGAUAGAAUCGUGCAGGCACGCUGGUGGCUAACAAAUAGACCGCGGACUGCUGGUAAAUAAAUAUUAGAAAGUGUGUUAGCAUUGUCAAAGUUGAUUUUAAACAUUUCAGACAUUAAAACUGGACCUACGUGAAGCCAGCGGGCUGAGGAAACCGCGAGUCAUCACUCGCUGACGCUGCCCAAAGACGAGUACCACCCGUAAACAUUAACACAUCUAAAGCUAACUGUUAGCAGACCGACACACGCCCCGGAGGACUGCUUUUAAAUAUUUACAGACAGCCUUUUCCUUUCGUGGCACAGCAUAACAGGAGACCUCCGGUGGAGCCAAGAUAUGCAGUCUUCAGAGCAGCACUGACAGGCCUAACUCUGGUUUGACACAACCAUGGAGUCCUCCUCUGAGUCCCAGCAGGAACCUGAGAAAACUUUGCAACACGCAGAGUUGAGAGAGCAGCAUGCCACCUCCGCUGCCAUAGUGUGCGGUGAUGACACCGUCCUUCUGACACAGACCCCGAGCAGGAUGAGCCAGCGCCAGGUGAAGGAGCGGGACAAGGAGAGGGAGAAGGAGAAGGAAGUAGGCCUCCAAACACCCAACAGGGAGCAGCUUGCCAGCCCCUCUACCCUCAGCCCAGGAGUCAGCUACAGCCACGGUUUUGAGAGAGGGAAGGAGGACCUCUUGCCACUGCCUUUGAAAGAGGACUCUCAUUCCAUAUCUAAGAGCAAGUCUGAAACAAAGCUGUACAAUGGUUCAGACAAGGAUGUGUCGGCGUCUGGGGGGAAGCUCACCAAAAAGGAGUCCCUCAAGGUGCAGAAGAAGAACUACAGGGAAGAAAAGAAGAGGGCAACCAAGGAGCUGCUCAGCACCAUCACUGAUCCUUCUGUCAUCGUCAUGGCCGACUGGCUAAAGAUCCGUGGCACUCUGAAAAGCUGGACCAAGCUGUGGUGUGUGCUGAAGCCGGGCGUCCUGCUCAUCUACAAAACUCACAAAAACGGGCAGUGGGUGGGAACGGUGCUGCUCAAUGCCUGCGAGCUCAUCGAGAGGCCCUCCAAGAAAGACGGCUUCUGCUUCAAACUCUUUCACCCCCUGGAGCAGUCCAUCUGGGCUGUCAAGGGUCCUAAAGGAGAAGCAGUCGGCUCCAUCACGCAGCCGUUACCCAGCAGCCACCUCAUUUUCCGUGCUGCCUCUGAGUCUGAUGGCCGAUGCUGGAUGGAUGCCUUGGAGCUGGCCCUGAAGUGCUCCAGCCUGCUGAAGAGGACCAUGAUCCGUGAGGGGAAGGAUGACAUGAGCACUGUAGGCACUGGUGGGGAACACUCCAUUAAUUUCUACAGCCUCCUCAGAGCCCACAACAUACACGGUUUCCAGUUCAAUGACAGCGACCAUUUGAAAGACCCGGACCUGUACUCAGACAAGUCAGAUCGGGAAGGAGAGCAGGACCACGAGGAGUCAGAUCCAGAGGGGCUGGAGAAAAGUGAGGAGAGUGACAGCGACACAUCAGAGCGUCAGGACGACUCGUACAUUGACCUGGACCCAAAUGAGCAUCUGCGUGAAACCCCAUACCUGGAACAGUCCCAGGAAGAGUUAGGAGAGGCUGGUGAAGCUGCUCAGACAGAAACCGUAUCAGAGGAGAACAAGUCUCUGAUCUGGACCCUGCUGAAGCAGGUUCGACCUGGCAUGGACCUGUCCAAGGUUGUGUUACCCACUUUUAUCCUGGAGCCAAGAUCCUUUCUGGACAAACUCUCUGAUUACUACUUCCAUGCAGACUUCCUGUCAGAGGCUGCAAUUGAAGAGAAUGCCUAUAACCGGAUGAAGAAGGUGGUAAAGUGGUACAUCUCUGGAUUUUACAAAAAGCCAAAGGGGUUGAAGAAGCCCUACAAUCCCAUUAUUGGAGAGACGUUCCGCUGCAUGUGGCUCCAUCAGAAGACCAAUAGCAAGACCUUCUACAUGGCAGAACAGGUAUCUCAUCACCCUCCAGUAUCGGCCUUCUAUGUCAGUAACAGGAAGGACGGAUUCUGCCUCAGUGGAAGCAUCCUCGCCAAGUCCAAGUUCUAUGGAAACUCGCUGUCGGCUAUACUGGACGGGGAGGCUCGCCUCACUUUUCUCAACCGAGGGGAGGACUAUGUGAUGAAUAUGCCCUAUGCUCACUGUAAAGGUAUCCUAUAUGGAACCAUGACUCUGGAGCUGGGUGGUCAUGUCACCAUUGCUUGUGAGAAAACAGGCUACAGUGCACAGCUGGAGUUCAAACUGAAGCGACAGCCUUUCCUGGGCAGCAGUGACUGUGUUAAUCAAAUCUCUGGAAAGAUCAAGCUGGGAAAGGAGGUGUUAGCUACACUAGAAGGACACUGGGAUAGUGAGAUCUUCAUUAAUGAUAAGAAGACUGGGAUAGUGGACACUUUCUGGAACCCCACGACGGAGCUGAGGCAGAGCCGACUGACUCGUUGCACCGUCCCACUAGAGGAGCAGGGAGAGUCUGAGUCAGAAAGACUGUGGCAACACGUGACACGAGCCAUCAACAACAAGGACCAGACCGAAGCCACCAAUGAGAAGUUCAUACUGGAGGAAGCUCAGAGGAAGUCGGCGCGUGAGCGGAAAGCCAAAUGUGAGGAGUGGAGUCCUGCCCUGUUCGAGCAGGACCCCAUCACCGGAGAGUGGCAUUACAAAUAUGCCGACACAAGGCCUUGGGAUCCACUCAAUGACCUGAUCCAGUUCGAGAAAGAUGGCUGUAUCCAGACCAAGGUCCGACACCGCACCCCUAUGGUACGUUCUGGCAGUCUUAUUAGUCUGAGUAACCAGGGGCCGCGGAGGGACAAUUGCAAAUGCCAGGUAACGGUGCCAAAGAGGAAACACAAGAGUGACAAGCCCAAGAGUCCAGAGAGCGGCUGCUCCUCACCUGAACCCGACCACCAGGACUCAUCCGGCAGCGAACGACACAAAAGCAAGCAUAACAAUCGGCUGAGGAAAAAAGGAGCAGACCUCAGCGAACUUCAAAGUGCCAUUGAAUCCAUAAAGCAGACGCAGGAGGACAUUAACAGGACCAUCACCGUGCUGCGGAGUCGUGCCGCGAGUCGGGUGGAGGGCAGCUCCUUCCUCCAGCAGCGUGACUACAUCAUCAUCAUUUUUCUCAUCUUCCUUCAGGUCCUGAUCAACUACAUCUUCAAGUAGCAGCCAUACCCCCAGAGACAGUGAUGUCCUCACACAAACACGCCCUCUGAGCUUCAUGGGGGCGGACUCAGACUUUGACCUCUCACAGUUAGUGACUUCAACAGUCCUCUCCAACUCUCUUCUCCUCUGUCUUUAUUAGACUCACUUACAUGUAUCCAGAAAAGCAGACUCUUCAACACAAAGAGAGACUUUUUAAAAACAUAUUUAUUUGGAACCAGUCUUUUGGAAAAUCUGGAGAGAUCCUCAGAUUUCAAAGUGGAGAGGAGCAGCGGUAAGGAGAAGUCAAAGGCGAGAGUUUGGUGUGAAUAAAUGUUGACUGCCACCUGGAGGCGUGUUGAUUUGCCUUGAUGUAAGCGGCAGAGACAGCAGCCAUUUUUAACCUGUUGUUUGUUUGUUUUUCUGAUGGAGUGAAAUCACUCUGUCGGUUCACAUUUCACCUCAAACAGGUAAUCGUUUACCACACAAUCAAGGACCACAACUCAGAUCGUAACAGAGGACAAAUAGAUCUCUGAUUUUAAUGUUUUUGUUUUUAUUCUUUUGCGUCUUCACUUCGCGUAUCCUUUGUGAGUUGAUGUCUGCUCAGAGCAGAAAACUAGCGAUGAGGGUGACGGGGCUGGGGGACGCAGUCCAGUCUGUGGGACUUUUUUUAUUGUAACGGCUGGAGAUUCCACACGCGGAAGUGGCAACCGCGACAGAAAACUCACAAGGGACAUUGUCGUAAGGAAUUAAAGCUAUAAUUUCUGCUGUAUAAUAAAACUCCACAUUUUGCAUACAAAGUCAGUGUUUAAAAGAAAAGUCAGACAUUUGACACAAUGUCAUUGUAUACUGUAGGUAGCAUGUACAGACAGGAGCAAGGUUAGGACACUAGCCCUAUGUAUUUUGUAUUUUGUUUUAAGGCACAAAUGCACUGGAAAUGUCAGAUGUUUGUAUGAUUUAUACACUUUUUAUCUGUGGACAUGAAAAUGCUUUUACACUUCUUUCUCAUCAACAGGAGGAAAAAAAGAUGCAUUUCUUUUGGCCGUUUCAGUGAUCACUGCCCUAGAUUUCAGGUAAAAGCAGGUGACAUGUUUUUAUCUGAGAGCUCACUGUAAGAAGCUGGAUUUAGCAACUCUAAUGAGUCAGCCAGGCUGAAUGAUGUAGUCGCUCCUCUCAAUGGAAGAGCGCAGGAAUUAACUUGACUUUCUUUGCCGAGAUAAGCGACGGGAUUGGCCAGCAGCUGCUUGGUAAAAAGAGCUAGCGUGGGUCUGACCAGAAAAGCCCACUAGUCAACAUGUUUUAUCUUAUUGCUUUUGCACAAAAACCAAAGUGUAUAAGAGUCCAUAAAACCAGCAGGGGACCUGAGCGGUUCCCUUCUGUGGCUCAGAAUUGGUAAUAAUCCACCAGCCUUCAAAGAGCUGGUCAGCUCUUUAGAGCCCCCUUUGGUGGUAUUUGAUCUUCUUAUCUAACAUACAGCAAAAAACUGAGCGGGUAUAUUUCCCAAACUGAGCUGGGACUACUCCUUCAGAGAAAAUAUUAAAAUUGCAUACAUGAGCUGGCCUAAUGGUCUCUAUAUGUGAAUACAGCCUCCAGAUCAGGCUACAGUUGAGCAAAGUUGCCACUUCGUGCAGCGCCUUCAUGACGAGUCCAGUUGAGAACAUCAGUCACCUCGUUCCAGUGCUUUUGAGCCCCAAAUACUAACCAGGACAACUACAGUAGACUCUUUAGUAAGUUACUAGUAAGAGGAGGAUGUAGACUCCUAAACCGUCUUCAUAGUAAACCAUUCCAAACGUACGCAAGUACCAGCCAAGCUCAGUGUGUAGCGUAGGAGUCGAUCCUUUUCACUGUGUAAAUAUCUGAUGGCAUUUCAACACCGAGGUUUGCAAUACAGACACUCGCUCUGUGCACAAACCAUUGCUUUUAACCUUGUGUGUCAGUCUCUCCACUGCUCUGUAGAUACACAGGCAUGUAGGUCGAUACAAAAAAGAAGUUAAUAUUGGGAUGCACAAUUAGAACUCCCAUUUAAAAAAAAGAGAGAGCGAAAAGGAUCCCAGGGACCUCGAUGUUACAGAGGUGUAGAAGUUACAUUGCGGUUCUAGUCUGUUGCCUUUGUCUUUGGACGUGCGGAUGCUGAAAUUAGUCUCAGAGAUGGUUCGAAUGACCCCCGCACUCAUCCAGCUUUACAGUUUAAAAAGUUACAGCCCUGUGAGGACUGCGUUUAGCAUUACCGCACAUAAAAACAACUCCCAGCAAUCUGCUAGCAGUAGCAGUGGUGUAGUCAUAUGUGAUUGAUUCGAGGCUGAAGAACCCUGCUACCUGACCUUCUGACAAACAGCGUAUCAGGUGCUAGUAAGUAAGACCAGUCUAGGCCAUUCAGAAAGAUCCAGACCGCUUUGUGGACCAUAGCUGAACAUUUUGUAAAUCUCUUCGCCUGUCAUGAUGUUAGCCUUGUUGAAGUUUACAUAUUUGAUUGCCUCCGCCGUCAGCAGACUGUUAAGCGAUUUAAACUUUGUAACUCCCACACAGGUAUGAAGAAGGAAUGGUAGCAUUGGCAAGAGCCAGCUACCCCCCCCGAGUUACCCGGCUGGCCCGUGUGCGUAUCUGUGUUUUUGUGCAUCGUCAUUGCCUCAAUCGCUCAUCUUAAAUCGAGAAUCUAGAUGUUAGAGUUUGGAGAAAUAAGUAUAUACCAGUGCCUUUUAGAGUGGGACUGUGGAGGGGGGAUUAAGUGUAGGCAGUGGAGGUAAAAGAGGAUAAGCAGUGGGGUUUUUUGGGGGGGGAAGGGGCACAGAUAUAGCCAGAGUAUUAAAGGGGACCUAUUCUGGUAUUUUAUAGUUACAUUUAGUAAUUAUUAAUGGAAUUAUUUCAUAAUUCCUACUUAACUCUGUCCCUCACUUCCUGCUGUGUGUGUGAAACUGCUGGUUUUAGCUCUUGGGACUUUCCCUGAACAUCCAUUUAAUUCUGAUUGGCUACGCCUGUCUUCUACAGACUAACAUUGUGUUUGUAAGCCCCACCUCCUCCUCAAGAAAACUUGGGAGUGUUCAGAGCAGUCUCAAGUCUGAGCUGUGGACUCACACUUACGUAAACAUUGGUCGUGUUUAAAUGAGCGUCUGUUAUUGGGAGGAGGUGUAAUAGGUCCCCUUUAAGGUGAUGUAAUAAUGAAGGGAGCGGUGCAGUUGGGGUGAAAUGAGACUCUGUUGUUUGAGUGGAUGUGCCAUACUUAGCCUUAGAAAUGAGCUCCACAGGUCGCCACCCCACCUGGCUUCUCCUGCCUCCCCUCCUGAAGCGUUGCCAUAGAAACGCACCCUUUCAGUUUCCGGAUGCCGAUUCCUGCCACAGGAGAGAGAGGGAGCGAGGGAGCGAGAGCCCUCCUCUUCACUGUCGUCCUCGUCUCUCUCGCUCUGUAACGCACCAAAUUCAGAGGGAAAUAAACAUCUGUGCUGUCAGUUGUUGUCGCCGUGUCUGUAAAUUAAUACAUUUUAUUUAUUCCUCUUUUAUAUUUGGAUUCAUGUUUACCUUUUUUUCUUGCUCAUAGCUUUAGGUCACUGUUCUUCUUCCUUGUUCUAUGAUGUUUUUGUUUUUUUUGAUUGAUUUUAAAUUCACACACAGUUGGUUUUGUUUUACUCUUCGUUACAUCAGCGUACACAUGGUCAGCUCCCACUGUUCCUCACCCCGAAUACUCACACACUUUGGGUUGUUUUGUUUUUUUUUUCAUAUCCGAGUACCUGAAUAUAUUUACUGUGUCUCCAUGGCAACUAUAACUUCUUGGAAGUUUAUGUUCACAUGUAACAUAACACAAAAUAAAGACAAAUGGACAAGUGA